AUGGCAUCUUCUCAUGAACUGGAACCAUUCAUCGAAGAACAGCACACGUUGCCAUAUGAGGGUAAACGGCCUGUGAAGAAGAGGAGUACCACUGUUGUCAUUGACGAGGACCACCCAUUCGACUUGGAUGGCUAUAUUUCGCAGUACAGAGUAGGUCGUAAUGCCAUCAGGAGACUUCGAUACAUUGCAGAAGAAUGCCCUCAACUGGCCAUUCCAGCCUUGACUCGCGCUCUGUAUCUGCUGCGCCAAACCUACGACGUCAAUCAAUAUCAACUCGUUUACCAAGCAUACGCUAGUUACAACUAUCCUAACGAAGGAAUCCCAUACGACCAGGCUUGGGUGGAAGAUACCCAGGCUAGAAAUACCAGUGAUCGGGAGAGGCUUGAUACUGAACUGAAAACAUAUACGAGUAACAUGAUCAAGGAGAGCAUACGGAUGGCCCAUCGAGACCUCGGUGAAUACUACUGGUCAGUUGGGGACCCCCCGCAAGCCAUAAAGCACUUCAACAAGUCGCGAGAGUAUUCGACAUCGUCUCAACACGUCCUCGAAUACGCACUUAGUGUUCUGCAACUUCUUAUUGAAACUUGUGACUAUGCACAUAUUUCCACCUACGUUUUCAAGGCCGAAGGCGCACUUUCGCCGCCAGAGACCAAAGAUAAGAAAGGAGCUGCGCCGCCAGCGGGUAGUGCUGCCGCUGCUGCUGCCGCAUCUGCGGCCUUGAACCCGGAUCGAGAGAAGGCUAUAGCAAAAAUGGAGUUUGCAAGUGGUAUUUCCCACCUUUCUGCAGGGAGUUACGAAAAGGCCGCAUUUGCAUUCUCUAGGCUCAGUCGCUCCUUAGACGACUGGCUGGGCAAGGUCAUUGCUCCCGGCGAAGUGGCUAUAUUCGGAGUGCUGUGUGCGCUGGCCUCGAUGUCCCGAAACGCGAUUAAAGUAAACUACUGCGAGAACGAGAAUUUUGGAAUUUUCUACGAACAAGAGCCGUAUAUCGGAGAAAUGCUGGAUGCCUUUAUGGCUAACAAAUUCAAAACUGUGCUCGAACUUCUGGAACGGUAUUCAUCUAAACACAGUUUGGAUAUACACUUGGGUCGUCACGUUUCGAGAUUAUCAACUGAAAUCAGAAAGCGAUCAAUCGUUCUGUACUUCCAGCCUUUUGCAUCCGCACGAUUCGAGAAAAUGUCUGCUGCGUUCGGGAUCUCUCCUUCUGAAAUGGAGAGCAUGGCUGUUCAGUUGAUUCAGGAAAAUCGUAUCGACGCUCGUGUUGAUAGUCAAAACAAGGCAGGCGCUCACACUUGGAAGAAAGACACUGAUCCUAGAAUGGUUCUGUACAAGCGGGCGCUGAAGACUGCUGAAGAAACACAACGGUCAACAGACAAAUUGCUCUGGCGAAUGAAGUUGUAAGCUUCCUCCUUAAAAUCACCUUGUCAGCCUCAGCCGUCUUAUGUCGGGUAAUAGGGUACAGUCGGAGCUAGUAGUGAGGCCACCCAAAGUUCAGAGAGACCGGCCGCCCGAAGCCGAAGGCAUGGUUAUGAUGGCCUAAUGUUUUGACUAGUUAUAAUCUGUGCUUACCUGAGCACACUCUCUGUUCACGUAGAGAAUUGCCCAUGAGUCCGCUGUCCCAUGCCUCGCCCCGUGAACUGCAGGCCUGACCAGCUGACCCGAGACUGAAUCACUUAUCGGCAUUGGCGGAAUCGUAUUGCGUCGAGCUUGUUGAAUUUGCAGCAUUGAUUAUUAUCACUAACUACGUGAUCAGUCCUUACCGAUCCAAAUUUGUCCUUCAAACGGUGUUUUCUUUUCUCGCUCGUUGGGGCCCUGAUUCCACGUUGUCGG